AUGCACGCGCAGGCGUGGAGCUUUUGGCGCCGCUUCCUUCUCUUCCUUUUUUUUCUUUGUUUGUGUGUUGUUGGUGUCGUUGUUGUUGUAGUUGUGUUCUAUAAUUAUUCGUGCAAAGUGCUCCCAUUAAUAUCUGGACUUUAUGUUAUCCCCUUUUUUUUUCUUUUUUUGCCCUCCCCUCACCUCCCUUUGCUCUCUUCUCUUCCACGCCUUUUCUUUCAUACACAUAUGCACUCUUUUGUGUUUCCCCUUUUUUUUUUCAUUUUAUUUAAAGAAAGAAAUAAAAAGAAUCUUUUUCAAACCCGUUUGAACCAUUUCUCAUUUGGUGUAGGGCUGAAGUCAAGGCCUGCUGAACGCAUUAGUUUGCUCGGGGAAUUGUUGUGCUGCAUUUCCACCACUCUCUUCCCUUCUCUGAAUAGUACCUUCCCUACUAUCAUAUUAAUUUAUAUUUAUUUAUAUUUACAUAUAAAUAAAUCUGUUGUUGUUGCCAUUUGUGGGGGUGUUUUUUUUCCCCCCCCCCCCUCCCCUCCUUCUUUCCUUUUAAAGUUGUUGUACACAUUCAUCUUUUCUUUUUCUUUUUUGUGCGUAGGAAAUAAAAUUUUAACAAACAAACUUGCUCAUACACUUACGUUGCCUCCACAAACACACACACACACACUUACAUCCAACACCGCAGCAGUGUGUUGCUGCUCUUGGACAGUGGAACCCAUUGAAAGGCAAACUAAACGAGUAACUAAAAAGGGCAUUCGUACGUGUCAAAAAAAAAACAGUGGAGGAAAGAUAAAAAGUAAAGUGGACAAAGCGGGCGAUUAG